GAGUCAGCGCGCGACGCGCCGCGCGGCGGCGGCGCCUUGCGCGGCCGUCGCGCGCGCGUGCGGGGGCCCUGAGCCCGGGGCACGUCGGGUACAACUCGGCGGUCGGCGGUCGCACCCGCAUCGGGCAGGUGCUCGAUGCCGAGGAUGGCGGGCGCUCGCUCAUUGGCUCCAGGAUCAAGGUGUGCGGCUGGGUCCGCACUGUCCGUGUGCAGAAGGACGUCGCGUUCAUCAAGUUCAAUGACGGGUCCACCUUCAAGGAGAUGCAGGCGGUCCUUGAGAAGGGCGCCAAGGGCUGGGACGAGCUCGGGGCCAUCGGCGCGGGGGCCUCUGUGCGCGUCGAGGGCGAGGUGGUUGAGUCUCCCGCCUCUGGGCAGGAUCGGGUGGAGGUGUCCUGCAGCGGAGCCGAGAUGGGUGUGGACGUGCUUGGGGCCGUAGAUGGGGCGAGCUACCCGCUGGCCAAGAAGCGGCACUCCAUCGAGUUCCUGCGGUCGAUCGCGCACCUGCGGCCCCGGUCCAACCUGAUCGGCGCGGUGAGCCGCGUCCGCAACGCGCUGGCGGACGCGACCCACCGCUUCUUCCAGGACCGGGGCUUUCUGUACGUGCACACGCCGAUCAUCACCACCGCAGACUGCGAGGGCGCCGGAGAGAUGUUCCAGCUGGCGGGUGGUGCUGGCGCCGAGGGUGGGGAGUUCUUCGGGCAGCCCGCAUUUCUGACAGUGAGCGGCCAGCUGGCUGUGGAGAACUUCUGCUGCUCGCUCGGCGACGUCUAUACAUUCGGGCCCACUUUUCGCGCUGAGAAGUCCAGCACCGCCCGACACCUGGCCGAGUUUUGGAUGAUCGAGCCCGAAAUGGCGUUCGCCGACCUGAAUGACGACAUGAACUGCGCAGAGGACUACGUCAGGUUUUGCGCCAACACGGUCCUGGAGACAUGCGCCUCUGACCUCGAGUUCUUUCAGCAGCGGAUAGACAAAGAAGUCAUCAAUCGCCUCAAGCUUAUCGCGUCAGAGCCGUUCAAGCGAAUGUCCUACACGGAGGCAGUGGAGGUGCUCGAGAAGGAGAUUGCUUCUGGCAAGGCGAAGUUUGAGUUUGAGGUCGCCUGGGGGAAAGAGCUGCAGACCGAGCACGAGAAGUGGCUCACUGACCAGCUCUAUAAGCGCCCCACGAUCGUCUACAAUUACCCCAAGGACUGCAAAGCCUUUUACAUGCGGAUGAACGACGACGAAAAGACGGUCGCGGCGAUGGACAUCCUUUGCCCGGGCAUCGGCGAGCUGAUUGGUGGCUCGCAGCGAGAGGAGCGCCUGGACCGCCUGGACGGGCGCAUCGAGGAGCUCGGCCUGGACCAGCAGGACUUCUGGUGGUACCGCGACCUGCGGCGGUUCGGCACGGUACCCCACGCGGGCUUCGGCCUGGGAUUCGAGCGGCUGGUGAUGCUCUGCACCGGGGUGCAGAACAUCCGCGACGUCAUACCUUUUCCGCGGUACCCUGGCCACGCGGAGUUCUGA